CUCUCAAUAGAGCGAAAAGUCGGUAGAAUUUUGUCUGCAUUUUUCCUGCAGAAAAAAUCAGUCCACUGGGUUUGGCGUGAGGAAGGAGAUGGAAGGUAGCAGUGGGAAAGGCUACGCCUGGGCAAUCUCAGCUGGUUUCAACGCUGCGCUCGCUGCCGUUGCCGCUAAACUCUUGUUACCUCCAGUAAUUAGAUACGGUCUGGUCGUAUUUUUCAACGUUAUAAUGUGGGGAUGUUAUGUUAACAGCUUGAAAGCUCUUUCAUCUCUUCAAGCAACAGUUACGAAUUUUGCUACUAAUUUCCUCACUUCUGGGCUUGCCGGCUUCUUCUUGUUCGAGGAACUAUUGUCGUUUAAGUGGUUUGCAGGUGCCAUGUUCAUUGUAAUUGGUGUACUUAUCCUCAGCAAGUCAAGCGUAGAGAAGAGGGAAAGAAGGAUUAGAGUUGCCAUUAAUGGUUGCUGCAUUUCAGCUAUUAUAACUUUUGGAUUCUUUUGGCAUGUCUUUCCAACAACUAAAGAGAUGUUUUCAGUUUUAGCACUUAGCGAAUCAGUUGGAUUCGCGAUUUUCAUCCUUCUUUUUUGUGCGUGCAUGUGUAUUUGACUCGGUAUAUAAUUAAGUCAGUUACGGGGACAGAUGAACUCUGAUUUGGUUGCUUUUAUUUCCAUUGCAGAAUGUUAGUAUGUAAGAUGUUAACCAUGGAUCCCUAAGUCAGUUCUAAGUUCCUUGAUGGGUUACCAUAUGGGAUUAUAGAAAACAUGAUUGUAAGGAAUAAUAGCAGGCAAGUUGAUGCUCCAUUCCACAAUGAGAAGAUCAAAGGAUUUGAGAAUGGUUCUCAGGCAUCUGCGUCGGCUGAAUUCGAGUUGUAUUGUCCGAUGCGUUUGUUUCUGAGUUCAUAAGAUUGGAAUGUGUAAAUGUAAAUGGAUAGUGUUCUUUCUCUACAAUAAUAGGGGGGAUUAAACUUAGGGAGCAGAGGGUUUACAAUCCAAGUCAACUGAGGCCCAUUUUAUAACGUAGUAUGGUUUGUUCGACU